UAUACAUAACGCAACCCCUAAUCCCUUCAGCUCGUCACUUCCUCUCACUCUUAGCGCCGUUCGCAUUUAGGGUUUCUGCGUCUCCCUCCAAUUUCAACAUCUAUAUUCUGUAUACGCCUACAGUGUGCGUAUACAACCGUACAUGCAUACAGAAAUGGUGGGCAAAGGAGAGAAAUCACGAGAUCCGAUUUUCAGAGACAUCCGGCGAUAUUAUUGCGAGUUCUGCGGGAUUUGCCGAUCGAAAAAAGCCCUAAUCGCCGCUCAUAUCCAAGCUAACCACGCGGAAAAGGAGCUGAAUGAAGAAAAGGAACACGGAGAGAAAUUGAAUAAGUGUGAAGAAUGCGGCGCUAGUUUCUCGAAGCCUGCUCAUCUUAAGCAGCAUAUGCAAAGCCAUUCGCUCGAGAUUGAAAUAAGGCAGAAAAAUGCCAUGAUAUACUGCUCGGCGUGAAGCAUUGGAUCCCAAUAAAAAGAACUCCAAAAUGCGAGAGGCAACAAACCUUGAUUGGAUCAGUACCAGGUGGGUGACUGCCUGGGAAGCUCCAUCAAGUGUGCCUCGGUCACGCUUGCUAUUCCUUGAGAGGCCGUUUAUAUGUUCAGUGGACGACUGCGAGUCCAGUUACAGAAGGAAGGACCACUUGAACAGACACAUGCUUCAACAUCAAGGGAAAUUGUUUGAGUGUCCAGUUGAGGGCUGUAAAACGAUGUUUACUCUACAGGGUAAUAUGACACGGCAUGUGAAAGACUUCCACUGUGAAUCUGCUCCAACUGAUAUUGAGCACCCUAAGGAAUCUAACUGCGGAAAGUUGCAUAAACAUGAGGAUUCUCAAGAGAAAUUGCUUGAAUGUCCUGUUAAGGACUGUAAACGGACAUUCAAAUUACAGGGUUAUAUGGCUUGGCAUGUGAAAGAGUACCAUGGUGAAUCUGCUUUUACCGAUGUCAAGCAUGCUACAGAACAUGUCUGUGCAGAGACUCAUUGUGGAAAAGUGUUUAGAUAUCCCUCCAAAUUGUAUAAACACGAGGACUCUCAUGUAAAGUUGGAUUCGUUGGAGGCUUACUGUGCCGAACCAGGCUGUAUGAAAUAUUUUUCUAAUGAGAGGUGCCUCAAGGAGCAUAUUCGGUCUUGUCAUCAAUAUGUUUUAUGUGAUGAAUGUGGCAAUAAGCAGCUAAAGAAAAACAUCAAACGACACAUGCGCAUGCAUGAAGCAGAACAUUCCUCAGGAAGGAUAAGUUGUAGCGUCAAAGGAUGCUCAUUAACGUUUUCACGUAAAUCAAAUCUCAACAAGCAUAUGAAGGCAGUGCACUUGAAGCUAAAACCGUUUGCUUGUGGCAUGCCUGGCUGUGACAAGAGAUUUACAUUCAAACAUGUGAGGAACAAUCAUGAAAAAUCCAGUUGCCAUGUCUAUACUCCGGGAGGCGAUUUUGAGGCGUCUGAUGAGCAAUUCCGGUCAAGGCCAAGAGGCGGCAGGAAGAGGAAGUAUCCAGUUAUUGAGACACUGAUGCGGAAGAGGAUUGUUCCACCCAGUGAAUCAGAGCUUGCUAUGAACGAGGGACAAGAUUACCCAUCAUGGCAAUUCUCAAAUUAACACUUGUAUAAUUAGGUAUAAUUUGUAUGCAAGAUGUAGUUUGUAGGUGCUAGGUAGUGUGAUAAAUGCGAUUUGGACUAUUUUUUGGUCCACUAUUAGUUUUAUAGCAUAGUAUAUAUAUAUAUAUAUAUAUAUAUAUAUAUAUAUAUAUUUUCAAGGAGCUUUUGAUCUGCGCUGAGUUUGUAUGUGGUUUUAGUUUUAAAGCUAGUUAGUGCUUUUCUCAUGUGCUCACUGUAUGUAUCUUAUUUAUUUGAAUUUUCCAAUAAAAAUACAUAUUACAUUUAAA